AUGGAGAACAAAAUGAACGGGAAGAUGAGCGCCAUCAGCACCACCCCUGUUGCAGAUUUAACAGAUUUGAGAGUGAGCGACCUGAGUGAUGCUGGUUACAGCAGGUCCGCUUCCAAACCCGCUGCGGAGGUUCGAUCCCUGAGCUGCGCGUCCUCCUCGCGUCAUUUUGGGAACGCCGGCGCGCUGAUCCACGGUCUGAGCGCGAGCGGCGACUGCGCGCUGUACAAAGACUGCAACGUCCUCGACGCUUCACUUGCUGCAAAACCUUUUUACGAGCAAAGCAGCGAGCACGUGCACUGGGAAGAGCUGGUGAAGGUUCAGAGGACGAGCGCGGCCGCGUCCGGCGCCGGUCUGAGCCAGUCCUCCGCCUCCGGGGCUCCCUGUAAGUUCAUCAAAGAUGAGAAGGAGCCCUCUGUGAUCAUGGACGCUCCCUGCUCCAGGUUCGAGUCCUCCCCUGAGAUGCCCGCCAUGGACACCUGCAAGCAGCACCUGGCGCUCGGGGAGGGGGAGUCCGGCGGCUUCAGCGCGCCGCGGCCGGGGCUGGAGGCGCAGGGCUCCCCGAACUUCCUCAUCGACCUGAACCCGUCCGAGCAGCUCGUGAGCCAGGUGAGGGCUGACUCCAGGUGCGCUCUGACCACCAAGGCGGGCGUGAGCUUCGACGAGGGCACGCACCCCCCCGCUGCGCAGCACGCGGUGCCCCGCUGGCAGGUGCAAACAUCGCCCGCCGAGACUCAGUUCUGGACGGCGGGCGUCGCGGAGGACGCGUUCCCAGCCAGCAGCUAUGUGGGGAUCCAGAACCAGAACCCGUCUCAGAGGAACCCGUCCCCGUUCUCUGCAUUCCCAGGGAUGCAGCCUCAGAGGAUGUGCGUGAUCUGUGGAGAUGAGGCCUCUGGGUGCCACUACGGGGUCCUAACCUGCGGGAGCUGCAAAGUCUUCUUCAAGAGAGCAGUGGAAGGCCAUCACAGCUAUCUCUGUGCCGGGCGAAAUGACUGCAUUGUGGACAAAAUUCGGAGGAAAAAUUGCCCUGCCUGUCGCCUCCGAAAAUGCUACCAAGCAGGAAUGAUGCUAGGAGGAAGGAAGCUGAAGCGCUUUGGAGCCUUGAAGGCCUUCGGGCUGGCCCCGUCCCUGAUGUUCCAGUCCCAUUUGGCCAUGUCCAGUGACAGUCAGGCCUUGACCUCCAUGGCUUGUGUACCAGGCAUCCAUGAGAUGCAGCUCUCCCAGCAAAUAAUUAGCAUUCUAGAAAACAUCGAACCGGAGAUUGUGUACUCUGGCUACAGCACCUCCCAGCCUGACGUUCCCCAUCUUCUGCUGAAUAGUCUCAACAGGCUGUGUGAAAAACAGCUGCUGUGGAUUGUAAAGUGGUCCAAGUCCCUGCCAGGGUUUCGUAAUCUUCACAUCAACGAUCAGAUGACCCUGAUCCAGUACUCCUGGAUGAACUUGAUGGUGUUCUCUCUUGGCUGGCGCUCGUUUCAGAACGUCACAAGUGAAUAUUUAUACUUCGCACCUGAUCUGAUUCUCAGUCAGGAACAAAUGAGGAGAUCUCCCAUAUAUGACCUCUGUCUGGCCAUACAGUUUAUCCCCCAGGAGUUUGCAAAUCUGCAAGUGACCCGUGAGGAGUUUCUUUGCAUGAAAGCCAUAAUACUACUCAACACAGUGCCACUUGAAGGACUCAAAAGUCAGGCGGCGUUUGAGGAGAUGAGGCAAAACUACAUACGAGAGCUUUCCAGGGCUAUCCACAUGAAGGAGAAGAGUGUGGUGGCCAGCUCCCAGCGAUUCUAUCACCUCACCAAACUGAUGGACGCCAUUCACGAUAUAGUGAAAAAGGUCAACCUGUUCUGUCUGAGCACUUUCAUCCAGGCGGAUGCCCUGAAGGUGGAGUUUCCAGAGAUGAUGUCAGAGGUCAUUGCCUCCCAGCUUCCUAAGGUGUUGGCAGGCAUGGUGAAGCCUCUGUUGUUCCACACCAAGUGA